CACUCCUCCACCACUGAAGAUUCUGGACCAUAGACUCCAUCUAUCAACAUGGUCCCAGAACCAGAUGAAGACUCAAUCAACGUCCAGGAUCUCCAGGCGCAAAUAGACCUGUCGAUGUCCUUUGCGCAGAGCCUGGCUAGCUCGUGGAUCAAACCACAAAAGACGCCAGGAAAAUCGAGUACGAGGAGCAAGGACCUCGAGAGCGAAAUCCUUGAAUCGACGAAACGGCCUUCUAGGCUGGGCGUAGGCGCGAGCGCUUCCCAGGCGACACAACAUACUUCACGAGAGGCUGCUCGGUUGAAGGGACAGUUAAUUGGAAAGAAAAGGGGGAGAGAAGGAGACGAGCCUGUGGAAGGUGCGAAGAAGCCUGUUGUGGAAGAGGACGAUAGGGAAGAGGAAAGUCGGUCGGGAGCCAUCAAGAAAAAGGUCAAGUUCGACCCGUUCGAUGUUUCGAGCAAGAAAAAGAAGAAAAAAUCCCUCCUCGUGAUGUCUACCCCUACAUCCACAACUUCUGGACCUUCCUCGUCGACUCCUGCGCCUGGCAAAGAGGAAAAAUCUUCAAGUUUGUCCACUGCUUCAAAGGCAGUUGGACUUCUGGAGAAGACAAAACCGCCACCCGACUUUGCCACACCGUUUAAGCCUAGCUGGGAUGCGGAGGCAAUUUCUCCAGAUAAAGAGGCGAAGAAGUCGGAUACUUCAUCGACUCAACAUAACAAAUCGACUGUUUUGGAAAAUGCGAAGGAUACUGGCCGGAGUGCCUCUCCAGUGCAACCCAAAUCAGGACCCUCGUCUCCUAAAGCCGAACGAUCCAAAUCCGCUUAUCUCUCUCUCGUCGCACCUCUCAGUCCUGAUAAGACCAAGCUACCCCCUGAGCUUCUCAAGAAACCAGUGUUAAACCUUUCGGACCACAGCGAUUCCGAUAACCGCAACGUCCCUGAAAACUCAUCGUCUAAUGGCCAAAAGAAGAAGAGAAGACGGAAAAAGAAGAAGAAAAAUGUAGCGGAAGAUGGGAAUGCAAACGGCACGUCUACAGCGCUUAGUAUCAACGGGACAACUUCAUGA